AUAUUCCUCCACAUAAUGCUAUACUACGUUCUAGCGCCCGGUUGGGUCUUCGGGGAUAUUCCUUUUGCUCGGGCCAAUACGCCAUAUCCUCCCAGCCUAGACUGCGGUCUCAAUGCCACCAAGUCCAGCUGCUCCUCCAGGUGCGAGGAGACCUGCCAAUACAAGUCGCGCACCUGUCCGCCGAAGACCUGCGGGGGUCCGUGCGUCUGCAUCGAGGGCCAUGUGAUCGACGAGCGGCGAUUGAGCUGCGUUCUGCGGAUAGAUUGCGGGCAGAAGCAGCUGAAUGUUCCCUCGUACCAAGUGAGCAGCGUGAAGUACUUUGGUGCCAAUUACGGCCAAUACAUUAUCCCUACAUAAAGGAAUUGUGAAAUUACUAAUGUGAGUGCAACCAAAUAAAAAUAAAUCAGUGCCGAGCUGUGUAUCAGACUGA